AGAGAGAGCAACGAGAGAGAAAGAGAGGGAGUGUAUGAGAGAGAGAGAGAAACAGAAGGGGGUGGGCAGGCAAAACAAGCCACAUGCAUUCGGAGGGAGCCAGAGGCACAGAUCCAGAGAGGUAGAGUGUGAGUGUGUAUGUAUGUGUGAAAACACUGCGCAUGUGUGACAGAGAGGCGCACUGGCUGGAGCAGACGGAGAAGGAGAGAGAGGAGUAAUGAACGGCAGCUGAGUCAAGAGAAGAGAUAACAGCAGAGGAGAGAGGAAAGUACCAGAAGAGAGGUUUACCUGAAGACUGGAAAGAAGAGACAAGCAGAAAGGACGAGAACAGAAGAGUGGACGUACAUGCAGAGAAACACAACGCAGAAGCUCAGCUCGCUGCACAGAACAAGCUGAAUAAAUUGAGAGGCUUAUAAGCAGAGGGAUGGAGAAAGAGAGACCAGAGGGAGACGCUCAGCCACUGUCGGGAAGAGAAGGAGCAGGGGUGGGAGAGUGAAGGACAAAGGUGCCAGAGAGGAGAGGAGGAGAGGAACUAGGGAUGCGGAGCCUCGACCAAAGCAGCCAGAGACAUGACGCAUCCACCUUGUAACAGCUUCCUCCAUCUUACAUCCCCUCCAUGUUAGCCUCUUUCAGUGCUGCACGUCGUUUAUGCAGCUAGGAUCAAAUGGACAGGAGAGAGCAUCCUCCCUCCGGUGAGACGCCCCCCUGAACAAAGUGACCGAGCGGCUUAUCUUCACACAACAGCAUCAGCAACAACUGGAACAGGAGCGAGGGAAGGACUGGGACAAGACAAGUGCGUAGACGGACAGGAUGGACGGAAGGAUUCCUGAGGACACGGUAUGAGUCUGAUUAACUGAAAAAGGGGAGCCAAGCACAGAGGCAUCCUCCAUCACUGGGAGGACUGUUUGAAAGUAAAACCCUUCACCACAACAUCUGAGGAAUUCAGGAGCCUUGGAGCCUGAAGGAGUCGUUCUAACAGCUUCCUGGAGCAUUAAAGGACACCUCCCAAAAAAACCUCCUCUCUGUUUCUUAUCAACCAAGCCACUGAGAGGGUCACACAGGUCACCUGACCAAACUGGACUAAUAGCAGAGAAAAGACUGGAGAGUUUUCUUUCUUUCUCACGCACUCAAGUCAAUAUGUAACACACCCGCAGCAAAAAACAGGAAGUUAAGCGAGUGUUGAAGCGAGAACCACAUGUAAAAGCUAGUCAGAGGCAGGCCACAGGAUAUAGUUUGGGACAAUAGCUCUCAGAGCUUUCUGUACUGCCUGAACUCAGUCCCCACCAUGCUGUGAAUGCAGAAACACACCAACCUGUACUGUAUGUAUUUAUGUGAGCAUCUGUGUGCAUAUGAGAUUAUUUAUUAGUGUCAUCACUGAGUGAGAACAUAUCAUUGUGCUAAAGUCGUCCUUGUGUGUGAAUAUAUGUGUCUGCAAAUAGCCAUCAGAGACGACUGCACAGCAACAUCAGCAUACGUGAGUGAAAACAACAAAAUAAGCUACCUUUAAGUAGUCAACACUGGUCGGAUACUGUAAACUGGACUGUUAAAUCAUCUGCAUUCUGCACAUAUCAGCAGUGACAGAACAAGAGCUGCAGAUUGCGGUGCUCUGGCUAAGCUCUUCUAUCAGUCUUUGCUUCAUAAAGACACAGGCUGAAUUCGCACAAACCAGGGGGGAUCUCUGAGGAAAACAUGGAGGCAACCAUCCGUCCCCAUGUUCCCUCUAAUGGCUGACUUUACCGGAAGAGCCUAAUCUUUUCCACCUUACCCAGAACCAGGCGGGGGGUGUCCAGCGCCGACUAGAGCUGCAGUCACUCUCUCUACAACCUCCAAGAACGUGUGAAUGUCCUGCCUCAGAUUUCAGCCCGUCGCCAUCCCCAUGGACACCGUGAAGAUCAUCCAGUCGGAGAAGUUCCCCAGAGAGUUCCCCAGAGAGUGCCCCGUGCCCGUCACCCAGCCGCGCUAUGCCCCGCCCCCCAGAGUGGCGUGGGACGGCGGAGGUGAAGGAGAGAUCAUCGUCAACCAGGCCUGCAGCGACAUGACCCUGGACAUCACAGGGUCUCCCCGGGCCAUGGUGUCCCCCUCUGUGCCCGUGACUCGCAGGGAGCAGAGCUUCCUGGCGCAGCGCAAAACCAGUGCCAACGAAAUCUGCUACCACCAGUUCCACUACAAGGUGGAAGACGUCAUCGUCAACCAGUACGUGCUGCGCUCGUCGUCCACCUCCUCCUCCACCUCCUCGUCCUCCUCCACGGGGCCCGUCAUGCCCUGCGAGCCCCUGGACUGCCCCACCUGCGGUCACACCUACAACUUCGCCGGAAAGCGUCCGCGCAUCCUCUCCUGCCUGCACUCGGUGUGUGAGGAGUGCCUGCAGAUCCUCUACGAGUCCUGUCCCAAGUACAAGUUCAUCUCCUGCCCCACGUGCAGGCGCGAGACGGUGCUGUUCACUGACUAUGGCCUGGCUGCUCUGGCCAUCAACACCAGCAUCCUGAGCCGCUUGCCCUCCGACCCCAACGGGCCCGUGCAGUGGGGGGGGGAGGCCGACCGCAGCUGCUACCAGACUGUGCGCCAAUACUGCCAGUCAGCCUGCACCUGCCAGAUCGCCAACCCCUUGUCCUCCUGUGGCAUCAUGUAGACAAGGGGGGACACUGCAGGCAUGACUCGGACUCGACGCUCCCCCUCCCCACUACCACUCUUAUUCGUCUAUAAGCUAUUCCCGUUCUGCCAACUCCCCUCUCACACACACAUUCAGUAAAUAAAUCCCUCCACAGAUGUUAUCUCUAUAUAUUUAAUAGCACAGAUGGAUGCUAUGUGGGACUAAUGGAUGCUGAUGGUUCAAUAAAUAGUAAAUAAAUGUAUUUUAUGUAUGGACUGGAA